AUGAUCAACACGACGGAUUUUAGAGCGUCUCGGCGGUCGGCAUCCGGGUCCGGAAGCUCCGGUCGUAGCUCUCGUCGGCUCACUGAGCAAGAGCUUGAGAUCGUGAGGCUGCGUGAGGAGAACCGUGAGCGCGAUGAGCAGUUGAGGGCUCAAACUGAGCAGUUGAGGGCUCAAAGUGAGUACUAUGCCUCAGUCCACGCGCAGCAACAACAGAUGAUUCAAUUACUAGCUCAGCAGCAGGGCAUUCCGUAUGUGGCCCCUCCGCCUCCGCCGCAAUGGACGUUCGUCCCUAUGGGCCCUCCUCCACCUCCGGGACUUGUGCCGCAGCAGCCUCAGUUUAGCACACCGCCGGCACAGCUACCUGCCCCUGGCGCACAGGACAAUCAGGAAGGAAGUGGAACGAUGGAUGGCUUCGUCAACUCCCUAUUCGCGUACCCAACUCCGGACGGAGGCAGCGGCCAAAGCUCCAACAACCCUAGCCGCCGCGGUUCGUGA